GCUUGCGCAAAUUCUUUUACGAAGUCACGAGAGACUCAACGGAAUCGCUCGUUUAUGAUAUUGUACAACUGAACGUGCUGCACACAGGCCGCCUCAUGUUUCAGUUGUCACGAUAUUCGAGACAUCGCAAGGGGCUGGUGUCAAACUUAAUGUCAGUACCGUUCCAAACAAUGGUAACGUACAGCAAAAAUGGGACUAAACUACCCACAAUUAUAUGUCUACGCCUUUUGGUCGCCGUGAAAAAAUGGCCCAAGUGGAGCAAUAGCGAAUCCGGCCUGGUUGGCGUUGCGUUGACCAAAUCUUUACACUCCAUCAGGCUCCACAACUUUAGUAUUCCUGGAUCUCCAAAGUGCAUUCGACCAGGUAGACCGGUCUGUUCUCUGCAACGGGCUUGUCCAUCGAGGAAUGCCCCCGAAGUUUGUGAAUAUUAUAACUUUGUUAUGAUAUCAGUCUUUCUGAUACACGGAGAGCUCUCUGAAAGCUUCCGUACACUAAGUGGUGUGCAUCGGAAAUGCCCACUCACUCCGUUAUUAUUUGGUGCCGUAAUCGAUGGGAUAAUGGUACAAACACUGAAAGGUCGUCAAAACUACGGUGCUCCAAUAACCUCUGAUGAAACCUUAUCGAUCU